AUGGACCUCGCGUCUCGCGCCCUAGCCGCGGCGGUGGCGGCGUACAAUCGUGUUAUACACGAAGCCAUGCACCAGCCCUUCCCACCGAUGCACACCCGUCGCGCCGAAGGUCAGAUACUUACUCUCCCUCCCGAGCUUUUGCGACAGGUGCUCGAAGACUUCCGCAGCUCCGAAGAGGUCGAAACUUUAGGAAAGGACUGGGUCCUAGAGCAGUCAUUUCUUGCAAGCCUGUGUCUUGUCUGCAAGAGCUUUCGGUCGACGGCGGAGCAACUUCUCUACCGGCAGGUGCACCUGGUUGACUGCCCCCCAUGCGACCCUCGAUUUCUCUCCUUCCUAAAAACUACAAUCUGUCGCCCCGAGCUUCGCAAAAUGCUCCGUCGAGCGAACCUCGAGAUCGAUUCAGACAUGGACGAUGAGGACAACCGCGUCCCGACGGCGGAUGUCGAGUUGAUCAAAACGAGCGCCCAAGAACUCGGCAUCACUAUACGUUGCGUCAAAAGACUCCACCUGAGCCUUCCGGGCCAGUACGAUAACGCCGAUAUUCAGACGAACCAGCAUCCCGGCCGAAAGCCGUUGUUCUUCAACUUCGCCUGCCCUGGCUCAGAGGAGCAUGGAGAGAUCUUUUUCUUUCCUAACUUGACACAUAUCAGUAUCAGUCUGUCGGCCGACCCCCCUUCCUCGGGCCCUCCCUUCGACUUUGCCGACUUCGAAGAGCUGUCAGGCAUAGCGCCACGGUUAUUGAAGAUUCAUUACGACACUGGAAUUUUCAGAACAAUAGAGCCCAUCAAUGUUGUCAGUCUGGAAUCUCUGCAUUUGACCAACACCAACCUCCUUGAGGGGGACGCCGGAAAGCUCAUGGGGUCGAUUAGAGAUCUGAAGAAGUUCCACUACGCAGCUGGUGAUCGCUACCUGGCCCGGGCCCAGUCAGAACUCGUUCGGCCGGAUGAGCUAUGCACUGCUUUGGAACGUCAUUGUCAUUCUCUGGAAGAACUGAGUCUCGACUUUUGGCCCGAUGACGAUCAACCGAAUAUGGAUCAGUUGCUAGAAAGCCUCGAAAAGUUCAAAGAGCUGAAACGGCUUAUCGUGCAUUACAAAGAUUUUGCAUACAGCGGCAUGGAGGACGAAUUCAGCUCGUUCAUCACCACGCUUCCAAGAUCGCUCGAAGCGAUCUAUAUCUGCGGAUGGGGCAUAGCCCUGUCGGAGACCAUGAACUGGCUUAUUCGAGCGGUUAAACAGGGUGACUUCGAAAGCCUCGCGACAGUAACAAUCGGCUGCCCAGCUAGUGAAGCAGAUCCUCUCGUACACUUCUUACAGGGAGCUUUGCACGCGCUUCGGGAAACCAAGCUGCGCAUCAACGUCGCCAUACAUUACAACUUCUGUGAUGGAAACCAUUGGGCUUUGUGA